UUUAUACAGAAAGGCGUAGCCUAGCUUGAUUGCUGUUUAUAGCUGAACUGUGUAACAGUAAGUCUGGAGCGUUAGUUUUGGAAGUCACUGGGACAACAUUUGAGGAUCAACCACUGACUCUGUGUGUGCACUGGACUGUUGUCAAAGACUUGAUCUAAUUGAAGUUGAAUAGGAUUUCUAAGUGAAAGUUUGCAAUCAUGAGUAAUCGGCCAUCAACUGCCCGCCCUAACAGCGCUAGCCCCAGGCGUCCCAACACCCCUGGCCGCCCAUCCAGUGCCCGCCCUGGCAGUGGACGAACACGCGCUAGCCCACGAGGGGGCUCAGCAGGAGGAAAGAGAUUUUCAAAGGAGCCGCAGCAUAAUGCUGAGGAAGGCUACGUCCGUAUCUACCUGAGAGGGCGUCCUGUGACCAACUAUCUUCCAUCAGACGUUGAGGAUUAUGAUCUCAACGCCAAGCACCCCGCUCCUACUGAGAAACUCAAGCUUGACUGGGUCUAUGGAUACCGUGGACGAGACUGUCGUUGCAACCUGUACCUCCUGCCGACGGGCGAGAUCAUCUACUUCAUGGCAGCGGUCGUAGUCCUCUACAACGUAGAAGAACAGAAUCAGAGGCACUACACGGGCCACAAUGAUGAUGUCAAGAGCAUUGCUGUACAUCCAGACAGUGUCACCAUAGCAACAGGACAGGUAGCAGGUCACGACCCAGAUGAGGGAAAGCCCCAUGUGAGGAUCUGGAACUCUAUCACCAUGGAAACCCUUCAUGUCUUAGGCCUUGGAUUCUUUGACAGGGCUGUCUGCGCUCUCAGCUUCUCUAAAGUGAAUGUGGGUGUACACCUAGCAGCUGUGGAUGAAUCCAAUGAACAUGUUCUCUCUGUAUGGGACUGGAAGAAGGAGAAGAAACUCAGUGACACAAAGAGUUCUCAAGACCCAGUCUUAGCCUGUGAAUACCACCCCAUGAAUGAUGAACAGAUCAUCACCCUUGGAAAAGGUCAUAUUCACUUCUGGAACACCACCGGUGGCAAACUGGUCAAGAAGUCUGGUAUCUUUGAGAAAUAUGAUAAGCCCAAGUUCGUGCUGAGUCUUGCAUUCACUGGCAAUGGAGAUGUGAUUACAGGGGACUCCAAUGGAAACAUGUACAUCUGGGGAAAGGGCAAUACCCGUAUCUCCCAGGCUAUUCUCGGAGCACACGAGGGCGGUAUUUUCUCUCUGUGCGUGAUGAACGAUGGUCAGAUUCUGUCAGGAGGAGGCAAGGAUAAGAAGGUUAUUCUCUGGACGGCGGACUAUCAACAGAGUGAGGUCACUCAGGUCACAGAGGCCACGGGUCCAGUAAGGACGCUGUGUAAAGGCAAGGGAGAGGACUUCUAUGUUGGAACUACCAGGAAUGCAAUCCUUAGCGGAAACAUGGGAGGAGAGUUCAAUACAUUGGUUCAGGCCCAUACAGAGGAGCUGUGGGGUCUAGCUUUACAUCCAACCCAGGGUCUAUUCUUGACUUGUGGCUACGAUAAGAAUGUCAUCAUGUGGGACUUUGAACAACACAAACCAAUGUGGAACAAGCUCAUGGAGGAUGGAUGUCAGUCAGCUGGAUUCCAUCCCUCUGGAGCAGUGGUUGCCAUAGGAAUGACCAGUGGACGAUGGGUAGCCCUAGAUGUUGAGAGCCAGGAUCUCAUCACUGUACAUACCGAUGGCAAAGAGCAACAUGACAUCAUCAGAUAUUCCCCUGAUGGAAACUUCCUAGCUGUGGCUUCCCAUGACAACUACAUCUAUAUUUAUUCAGUGACAGAAGAAGGCAGGAAGUACUCCAAAGUUGGAAAAUGUUCUGGUCAUUCUAGCUUUGUGACUCAUAUUGACUGGUCAGCUGACUCCACUAAACUACAGUCCAACUCCGGUGACUACGAGCUACUCUUCUGGGAUGCAUCUACCUGCAAGCAGAUCGUCAUCAGCAAAGAGACGAGGGAUGUGGAGUGGGCAACAUUCACUGGUGUCCUAGGAUAUCCCGUCUGUGGAAUCUGGCCAGAAGGUAGUGAUGGAACAGACGUCAAUACUACAGCACGAUCAGCCAAUGGAAACCUCUUGGCUUCAGGAGAUGACUUUGGAAAGAUCAAUCUCUUCCGCUAUCCAGUCAACCACCCCAAGGCUGACUGCACUUCAUUCAAAGGUCACAGUAGUCAUGUGACCAGUGUUGCGUUCAACGGGGACUCGACUAAACUGAUCUCAACAGGAGGGCGUGACAUGUCAUGCAUGCAGUGGAGCGUCGUCUAACGUCAACCUCUCAACCUCACAAAAUGUGUUUUCUCUUGAUACUCAUUUUCGUUUCCAUGAGAUAUCUCACAUAUCAAACUUAUGCAUUGUUUCUCCACUGUUGAUACAUUAUCUUCCAGCAGGUCAUUUGUUAUGCCUGAAACACCAUUCUUACAAAGAGUAUUUCUAUAUGUGAACAAUAAUAAAGAAAAUUGAAGUUUUGGGUAGUAGGGCCAGGGAGCUGUGGUGCACAGAAUUGGAUGCACUUUGUAAUAUUUUAGUUUACUGAUAGCAGAGUGAGAAAUGGUGAUUACAAGAAAUUACAAAAAAGUCCUCCAAAUGUACACAGUGCACUUACAGUGCCAUUGACCUGAAAUGUUUCACUGAUCAUAGCUAUUUGUCUUUCAUUGAAUUGCCUCACAAAGAAAUCAGGCAUCAAUAAAAGAGUACAAUCUUUUUCAAGCCUUCUUGGAUAACAUAUUGUUUAUUAACAUCCUGAAUUGUAUGAAUGUGUUUGUUGGAAAUAUGAUCAUACAGUGGAGAAUUGUUACAAUCAUGAAUGCAAAUCUGACUUACUAUUUUUUAUUUAGUAAAAUACAUACAAUUAGUUGUAGUCAUUUCUGUAAACUGUUUCAUAUAUUAUAUAUGCAUUGUUUCUUUGCUUCAAAGAAGUAGGAUCCUGAACUGUAUGGGGAAAUAAACUUGCCAUAAAAAGAGAAAAGGGUUAAGUUAGUUUGAUGCUGAAAGUCUUGAGAAAGGGUAUACAUAAUUUUUAAGUGAGUUAUAUUUGCAUUUUUUCACAAGGAGGUCGUACAGAAAUGAUGGGAUAUGUAGUUUAGUCUGCUAAAGCAUAUUAAGGCUAUGAAGGUAUACUGAAUGCAUAAUUUUAAUGCGAUAAAGAUCUGUAGUCAAGCAAUGGAAAAAUUGUUUUACUUUCAAAUUCCCAGCAGUCUCUGACAGUAAUUAAUUCUUAUGACUUAUUAAAAGUACCCACUUUGAUUACACCUAAAUUUUCCUUUCACUCUUGUCUAAAUCUCCAUAUAAUUGUUUUGAAUCUCUAUAUGUAUUUUUAAAUUUGAUACAUCAAAUGCAGUAAGGGGUCUCUAACUAUCGGUAUCUAUUCUAGAUAUAUUAAUCAAUGUAAAGAUGAAAAGUAUAUAAUUUUUAAAGGAUAUAUAUUGGGUUGAAGUGAUUUCUCAAAGAUGAUAUAUCACAAUUUUAUUACCAAGUGCUAUAGUGUGCAGUUUGUUGAAGUGUUGUAGUUGAUCCAUCUUUCUGUUGCAUUUUAACACCCCCCCCCCCCCCCCCCCCCCUGUAUCACUAGUGAACAAAAGAAAACAAAUGCAGAAUAACAUUUCUUUCACUCCUUUCUUCAAUUUACUUUUGCUUUUAAAUAGAUAAAUGCAGUGUGAUUUGCAUAAGACAAACUUGUGAGACAAUCAGACAAUAUGUAUCUUACAUCAUUUGUCAAGGAAAGCAAUUUACAAUCCAUUACCGGUAUUGCAAAUAUAAGCAUAUAGCAGCAUUAUGAAAAAAUGGUUUGAAACGUUGAGCCGCAUAGUGUAAUAUGCAUUCAGUAACAAAAUGUUGCAUCAGUUUAAAGUUGUCAUGUGGUUUGUGUCCAUCUUCCUGAUAAAGAAGUUCCAGAUGUGAAAAAGGGUGGACUUUAUUUUGUCUAUAAUAUGUGUACAAUCUUGCUUGAAAUGAAAAAGUCCUGAACAACAAAUCAUACGAUGUGUAGGGAAGUAUGUUUGUAGAUAUGUAAAGUUUUCAAAAGAGAAAUAAGUAAUAAAAACUUGGUG